GUAACGUUAUUAUAUUGCCAAAUGUAAAACUUUAACAUAACAUAUAAUUUUUGAAGCUGGUUCCAAACAUUAGUUAAUUAGUUUUAGCUUAAAACGAGUAAAAUCUUUUAAUUUUUCUAACAACAUUUUCCAACACUGCCGCUGAAGUUCUUUUUCCAAAUGUCAACAGUGCUCAGCUGUCAACUAUCAAAUGAAAUCAAUAAUCGCUUUUCAAAGUUGUUAAUUCGAUUUCAGUAAUUUUCUAAUACGAAAAUUUUAAUUUUUCAUUUUCAAACAGCAAAUUUCUUAUUGAAUUAAUGGUCGGUUGUGGCCAAAAUCCGCGCGGAAGUCGUACGUUGUGUGCAUUGCGUUAAAUUCUGGAUUCCGUUGCGGUGUUGUUAUUAAAAUCGCCAUGUUCAUCGCUUGUAGCAUAUGAUGUGCUCAUCGGCGACAACCUAUUGCCUGAGUUUUAAAAUAAAAUCGACGGAAAACGGAGAAUCAAGCAACAACAAUGUUGCUAGUGCAAAACCAGCAAAGCCAACAACAACAACUACUACUAUUAGUAAAACUACAAAAACAAAAACAAAAGCAACAACAAAACCCCACAACACUUCCACACCAAUGCAGCAGCAACAACAGCAGCAGUUGCAACAACAACACCAACACCAGCAACAACAGUUGCAAUUGCAGACGACGCAAAAGCAACCACAGACGCAACAGUUAACCAACAACAUCAUAUUGCUGCGCGGCGCACGCAACGAAAAUGGGCAAAUUGUCAUACAGAACAAGCAUGGCAUAAUCAGCAUAUUUAAUAAUGAUCAGCAGCAGCAACAACAAUUGCAGUUAGAGCAUCAAAAACAACAACAGCAGCAACAGAAAAUUGAUAAAACAACCGUUGCUGCGACACUGACACAAUUGCCUACAGCCACAACAGUUGCACGCAAAUCAAUACAAACAACAGCAACAACACCCACAACAACCACAUUACUUGGUAAUACGAAAAGCGCUACUUAUGUUGCCAAGGAGACGACGGCGACACCGUCCCAAGGUGGCAGUGGGGCCGGUGGUGGUUCCAUUGGCAAUGCGACCAACACAAUUCUGUUGCAAACGCCAAUCAAUGCAAGCCAACUGGAAUCGGUGCUGCUGCACACGGCCAAUUUGAAGAAGACAUCCAGCACUUCUACCGCUGCAGAUCGCCAGUAUCUUUUUAAAACGGCGUCGCGCAGCCUCAGCACCGACAGCAAUCGCCUGGGUCGCAGCUCAGAGGGCGGCAGCAUGGGCAGCGGUAGCUUGAGCAACAACAGCAGCAGCAGUAGCAGUAGCAUUGGCAGCAAAGCACCGUUUGUAUUGCAAACGCUUAAGCGGCUAGAGAAGUCGCAAUCCAUACUAGUCAUACGUAAUCCGUCUGCCUCAUCGGUGGCUGCGCUCACAGCCUCUGCUUCCGCUUCAUCACUAUCGACUGUCUCCUCAUCGAGUAAUAUUGCGCACGCCGCAACGUCCACCAGCUCCGAUCGUGCGUCCAACACCGGCACGCUGCUCUCCUCAUCUUCCGCUUCCUCUUCCAUAUCGGGUUCCACGCUUUCACUGUCUUCGGCUCAUUUGGUCACGGCGGCGCAGACGGUUAGUGUUAGCACCAAUACACAGACGGGCGCCGUGAGUUUCACACGUGCUAGCAAAAGUCAACAGACCACUGGAACGGCUGUGGUGUCAUCCACAGCUACAACAACAUCCAAAUUGGGCAAUAUCACCGUGAACCGCACCAGCAGCGGUGCAACGUCAGCUGCCGUAUUAUCAACGAAAACGAUCCAGCCAGUUUCUGCUGCCACUACAACUACAACAUACUUGCGCUUAGCCAAUGCAACAACUGUGUUUGCCAACAACAACGGCGGCAAUCACAAUAAUGCGAGCGUCAACGGGGUGGGCAUGAAUAAGGUUGUGGUGGUCAGUGGUAGCAAAAGCCAUAACGGCAGUGCGGUAAAUAGCAACAAGAACAUCAGUGCAAGCGGCAUGAGAAUUGUUGACACACAUACUCAACAACAACAGCAAACGCAACUCUGUUUGUCGGAUGUGCAGUUGAAGUUAGAGUCGCGCGGUGGCGGGGCGGGAGGCAUCGUUGUGUCCCCACCACAGCAGCCACAAGCAACAAACACAACAGUCGUGCACCAACAACAGCUGCAGAUACAGCAACACCAACAGGCACAGGCGCAGCAGCAAACACAGUCAGUGUCAAAUGCGCCUCGCGGGAGCGAUGGCGAACCUAUCAAACUUCCAGACAAUUUGGAAAGCUUGCCAAGAGCUGACAGUUUCCCGUCACAGCGACAUCGGUGGAAUACAAAUGAGGAAAUCGCAGCGAUUCUUAUCAGUUUUGAUAAGCACAAUGAGUGGCAAUCAAAGGAAGUCAAAACCAGACCAAAGAGCGGUUCACUGCUGCUGUACUCUCGCAAGAAGGUUCGCUAUCGUCGUGAUGGCUACUGCUGGAAGAAACGCAAGGAUGGCAAGACAACGCGAGAGGAUCACAUGAAGCUGAAAGUGCAAGGAACAGAGUGUAUUUAUGGCUGCUAUGUGCAUUCCGCUAUUCUUCCGACUUUUCAUCGUAGGUGCUACUGGCUGUUACAGAAUCCCGAUAUAGUUUUGGUCCAUUACCUGAACGUUCCGUAUCCAGAUGAUAAUAAAAUGGCUGUCAUUGCUCCGAGUAUAACACUAUGGGGUGAUAAGAAAGAGUGGACGAAGGAUGAGCUUGUCAGCCAACUUAAACCUAUGUUAUCCACGGUAACUUCGGAUGAUGAUUCUGAUUCCGGUAAUGACAUAGAAAUUUCGACCGCCGAGACCGUUGAAUCAUUGGUGUGUCAGUUGAUGGAGAAGCAACGUCUGUCACGUCAGGCGGCGUUGGUCAAGCAGCUGGACUGUGGUUGUGGGGAUGCGUCAUGCGCCGACGGUAAAACUUGCUCGCAUCCGGUCAUGCGGCGGCCUACGCUACUGAAAUCUGUUAGCGAGAAGCGUCUUAGUAUUGGCGAUGGUUAUGGACCGGGGGCGAGCGGUACGCCGAAUGUCGUUGUUGGUCAAAAGCUUUACUCGCGUUGGUCGGAGCGGCGGCUGCGCGAUGGCAGCGAACAACAACAUCAUCAGUAUUCGGGCACUCAUCAUAUGCAACAACAGACUUUGCCGCAGGAGUCGGCGAUUAAAUUCCAAAUCAUUCCACCACAACACAACGAACAACAACAGGCUUCCUAUCAGCAACAACAACACUAUCGACAGUUGACUGCGCGAAACAAUAUGCUCUUACAGCAACAACAACAGCAACUGCAUCACCAUCAGCAACAACAACAACAGCAGCAGCAGCAGCAGCAAUCAAAUUUCAAUCAAAACCCAUCAACAAUUUCCAACAGCAAUCAUAACAAUCAAUUAAAUUUGCAACGAUUUGUAGCUAAUAACGGCACCAACCACAACCACAACAACAGCAACAGCAGCAGCAGUAAUAAUGUCAACAAUGGCAGUAAUAAUAAUAAUUCACAUGUAAAUCAUCGCUUACGAAUUGCAAAAACAACAAUAACAGCUACCUCGGGGGCUGCAGCCACUUCGGCAAUCAUCGAGCAGCAGGAGGGUGACGGUGUGGCAAUUGGGCACGUGAUGGGCUUGCAUGAGGAUGAAUUAAUUGGAAACCCCAACCAAACAACCUCAAACGCCCAGGGCACCCUUAACCGCAGUGGCAGCUUUGGAAGUGUUGGUGGUGGUGGUAAUUGUAGUCAAUUAGUGUUGACACCUCACCAACAGCAGCAACAGCAACAACAACAGCAAAAUGUCAUAAAUAACAAUAGCAAUUACAACUUCAAUAAGCAUCAACAACAACUACAACAGCAGAACCAAACUGAUACACACUCUUCGUCUACUUCUUCCACACAACAACAACUGCAACAGCAAGAAUUUUACAAUCGGCUGCAGCAACAGCAACAAAAGCAAACAACGAAUGACAUAAAUAUGUCCUCCGUCUCCAAUUCUUCCUCACAAUCACCACAACAGCAACAACAACAACACCAGCAAAUGCACCACCCACAUGCAAAUUCGCAAUCUCAAAUACACACACACCAACAACAGCAAGAGCAGUCACAACAAUCACAGCAAGAACAACAAUCAGCAAAUACAACGACUCUGAAUAUUUCCUCGACGACAUUUUCAUCGUCAUCAUCGCUGUCGACAGUGGAGCCGAUGUGUAUGUCGCCUGAGCAUCAGCCUUCGACACCAGUGAGUCCAACCACGCUAGGUUUAAGCAGCAAUAGUGAUCCCUUACAGCAACACCAACAACAACAGCGGCAGCAACACGUAACUUCUUCAGCGAAUGUGGUGGGGGCAGGUGCGUUGACAACAUCAUCACCCUCCUCUCAGUCGAUUAUGAAUGAUAAUAUGGGUCAUCAUCAUAAACAUUCGACCAUUGGCGACACAUUGACAGUCGAGACCACAAGAGUUGAUGAAAAUUUAAUUGGCGAAAAUGUCACUAAGCUGGACAAAUUCGAUUCGCCUGCAGAGAAUGACGAUGCAACGGAGAUGUCAUCCGGUAGUGAUAUAAAACACAAUUCAAAUACUUCCAAAAACAACAACCGCAACAAUUGUAACGACAACAAUCAAGUAAUAGAGUACAACAGCAACAGCAAUACCGAUGGUUGUGUAAAUAUUGGUGCUUCCAACGAUGAUGCCAAGGUAAACAAUGUACAACAACAUCAACAGCAACAACUGCAACACGAACAAACCAAUUCGAAUUCCCAUGAAAAUUGUGAAACAGAACAACAACAAUCCCAUGCAAUUGACUUUGAAUCACUGGAGCUGAGCAGCAAUGGGGGAAAUGGUGUUGGUCAGCAACAGCCACACCACCAACGGCAAACAGCUUCACAUUCCACUCACGAUUUGAAUGAUUCAUUGCGCUUCCUUAACGAGACACUCGAUCUCUCGCAGGAAGACAUCCAACGUACACUUAUUGCGAAUUUGCCUUUUGGCGCGACAAAUCCUAAAUUGACAACUUCCACAGCUACAGGAGCUGCCGAGACGCAUAUGAUGAGCUCCAUCGACUUUUUGGGCGGUAAUUGUGCCGGUCAAAGUGACGAUGAGAUUCUAGUGCACGGCGUUAGCUGUGAGGGGGACGAUGAGGAUGCAGAUGAUGUGUUUGCCCAUUUGGAUGCGUUCGACAUGCUGGUUGAAUUUCCCGAAUUGGAUUUGGAUGAUAAGGAAGCGCUAUCGAAUACCGUGCAGCAACAACUUCAUCAACAGCAAGUCGACAUAAACGGUUCCUUAGAGCAGCUAAACAACAGCCAAGCGUACUGCCCGUCUGGCAUGGUAAGUGACAAAAAGCUGCUAAGCAUUUGCGACUUUAGUCCGGAAUGGGCGUAUACUGAAGGGGGCGUCAAGGUGCUUGUGGUCGGGCCAUGGACUGCGAACGCCACGUACACGCUGCUCUUCGAUGCACAGCCGGUGCCGACGCAGCUGAUACAAGAGGGUGUCUUGCGUUGCUACUGUCCACCGCACGAGGCCGGUUUCGCUACACUGCAGGUGUCUUGCAACAACUAUAUAAUUUCCGAUACGGUACUAUUCGAAUACAAGACCACGCUGUACCAAGAAGCGCCCUACGAUGCUUACACCAAUGAUUGUCUUUACAAGUUUACGCUGCUCAAUCGGUUGGCAUUGAUAGACGAAAAGAUGCAGGUGAAAUCGGAAGCAUCGGCAACGCUGUUUGAGCAGCAAACACUUUUGCUCCACAAGAACUUCGAAGAUCAACUAGUUAGCUAUUGUCAAGUGCUCAUGAAUCGCACCUGGUUGCAGAAUGGCAGCAACUGGAGUAGUGGCUUCAAAGGUAUGACGUUGCUGCACUUAACAGCGGCGCUCGGCUAUUCCAAGCUGGCUUGCGCCUUGCUCAAUUGGCGUGCGGAGAAUCCAAAUAUCAUACUCGAGACGGAGAUUGAUGCACUGAGUCGUGAUGUCUACGGUUAUACACCGAUGGCCUGGGCUUGUACACGAAAUCAUGUUGAAAUGACCAUCAUACUGUACAAGUGGAAUCAUAACGCCUUGAAGAUCAAAGAUAAUGCUCAACAAACACCCCUAGACGUCGCUAACUUCAAGGGCCACAAAGCACUCUUGUCAGAGAUUUAUCGUCUGGAAGAGGACCGCCUAAAGCAAAGUAAGAAGAAUACAUUUGGAAAUAUAUCUCUGAGUCUAAAUAAAUAUCCGCUAACUGAUGUACAUUCGAAAUCACAGAACACCAACGAACAAAUUUAUGAUGUCAAAGACAACGAACAUGUUUUCAAUACAUUAGACGCUUUAGAUAUGCAACGUAGUCAUGAUGGAGUUUUUUUGCGUCCCGUAGCGGUGGCAAGUAAUCAAAGUCCUCCGAAUGCCAGCCGAUUUUCUAAGCGAUCCUCGGUCGAUAGUGGAAUCAAUAUGGAUAUUCGAACGAAGCCCGGUAAAUCCUUUAAGGACAUAACACGUUUGCAGAGUUUCGAAACGCAUGACAAUUUUAAAUUGGCCGUGGAGUCAACGCUUGACACGCUGGCGGCAACAAAUACAACGAACUCCCUACUCUCGCCAUCGCGCAAAAUGGACUUUGCAUUGUGCGAGGUAUCAACUGGCGAUUCAAGCCCCUUACCCGACAAAGAUCACGAUGAUACAUCAACGAUCAAUAAUGAUGAUGUAAACGAUGUGACUAUAAGUAAUGAGAACGAUGCUAUUGUAGGGGAUUCUGAUGCCAAAGUGCUCACCCUAGCUGAGCACAUUAUCGCUGCCAUGCCGGAGCGUAUUAAGAAUGAAGCUGAUGAAAUGAUGGUGCUGGGAAGCCCACUUACGGAACCGCUCAACUCUGAUUCGCCUAGUCUGAAUAACGGUUUUAUGGAUCCACUUGAUUCGCUGCCUAAUACACACUAUGAGAGCUUCGACUUCAAUGAUCACAGCUACCGUUAUCAUGAUGUUAGCACACCAUGUUCCAGUCUAAGCCCGGCCAGUUCGGGUCCGUUGCAAUCACCAGCUAGUUACUCCAUACUGGGUGCCGAUCCCUCUGUUAGCUCACCAAGUCCACCACCUUCAACUAAACAGUUAACUGAAUUUUUACAUGCUUCCAGCAGCAGCCAGUAUCCCUUUGAAGCCGACUUCUCAAAGCUAACGUUGACAGAUACCGAGCAACGCGAAUUGUAUGAGGCUGCCAAAUGCAUACAGAAAGCUUACCGCUCAUAUAAGGGCCGGCAGAAGAUGGAGGAGCAGAAUAAGGAACGCACUGCCGCAAUUGUCAUACAAAACUACUACCGUCGCUACAAGCAGUACGCCUACUACCGUCAGAUGACGAACGCCGCUCUUGUCAUACAGCAUGGAUAUCGUUCGUAUUGCCGCAACAAACGCUUCAAGAAAUCACAGUCGUCAUCCAUGUCAAUUGGCAUUGAGUUGUCUGUUGUCGACAGUCAGAGCAGUCCGACGUCGCAAUGUCUGUCAAGCUUCUACGAUCAUUUCCGUAACGAUCAGCAGCAACAGAAACAACUUGACUUCAGUUCCCAGCCGAGCACACCAAAGGAGACGAGCCCAUCCGGUCCAUUGAAACGUACUUAUUCACAAUCAACCCAAAAUCAAGCUGCCAGAAAAAUUCAACAGUUCAUGAGACAAUCACGAAUUAACAUUUGGGAUGGAAAUUCAGCAACCUUGGCUACAGAGAGAACGAGCAGAAAAAGAGAAGCUGGUGCACCAACGCAGGGCGGAAUACCUUCAAAGCUUGCAGUAUCAAGAACAAUCGGAAAUUGUCUGCCAAGUCGAAAGAAAUGAAAUGCCUACAGCAAGCACGACAAAUGAGCUUGUCAGCGUGAGCGGUGCAAACAACAACAACAACAACAGUAAUAUAUUAACCUACCAUUUGGGUCAAAACCAACAAUGAGCUGUGAAAUGAAGCAAUUUUGGAAUAAAAUCGAAAAAGUCAGAAGUCAGUCAAAAAGCAGUGAAAGCUCUUUCUUCAUAAACGAAAGCUUUUGUGCCGAAAAUCUUGUAUAAAGCGGCGUACCAUUGUUAACCAUUUUUCAAUAUGUAGCAAAUGAAGUGAAAUUGCAACAACACAUGCAUAUUUAUUAUAUAUAAAACAAAUCUAAAUGCAUGUAAAUACACAAUUUUUAGGUAUUGUUUAUAUAUACUACAUAUAUAAAUUAAAUAUAUACACACAUAUAUAUACAUAGGUACUUACGCAUAUGUGUUGUACAUAAAUAUGCAUAUAUAUUCCAAAAACCUAAUGGAGAAAAGCAAACCAACUAUAACAUAUGACUAAUUGUAAAUCUUUGAAUAGCUUUAUCAAACUGAGUGAAACUUUCUAUUCGCAUCUUUUUGAAGUAGAAUUGUAGUACGUCUUAUUUACGAUUACAUAACUUGAAAUAUGUACACAUAUUUUUGAUUACUGCUAAAGAGAUAAAGUACUGUACAAUGUACAAUGAAUUUAAUUUUUUUACUUUUGCUAUUGCACGGUUCUGUAGAAAACUUGUUGCCACUCUUCUUCUUCUUCUUCUUCUUCUCGAAAUGCAGUUCCCAAAUAUAUAAAAUUCAAACAAUUUAUAUUUAGAAAAUACUACAUAAACUUAAACUGAUGAAGUGGCGGAGGAGGAGGAUAGGCAUGUUUCAUAUUUAAUAAUAUUUAUGCACCAGAAAAAAACUUUUUUGCCUUCUAAAUAUAUUUAUAUGUAAGUGAGGAAUUAACUAUUACUACUAUUAACUAUUAGCUAACUACUAAAUCGAUUAACUACUUAUGUAGCAACAACAACAAAGAAUAACAUCAUAACACUUUUUACGAAUUGUUGGAGUUUUUUCUCUUUUCUUAUAACUAAGCAGUGCGUCGUUUAAGUCAUACGAAGAAUUUUUAAAAAAUUAUAUAUACCAACAAAAUAUGUAGUGAAAUUAAUUAACAUACAUAUAUUAAAUGGUAAUAUUACUUAUUUUUUACAAAAAAAAAAAAUCAAAACAACAUUUUGUGUGUUUUUACUUUGUUUUUAUGUUGAGAAAAAUGCACGAAUGUAAAUGUGCAGUUUCGUCUUGAAGAAUACGAAGAAUUUGACACUUGAAAUUUAUUCGCAACUCUAAGAGAACUUAUUAAAGAAGCCUUCUAUAAACUAUAAAACAAGAACAAACAAACUUAACUGAAACUAUUUUAGCUGAAAUUAACAUAAUAAUAACGAAAGUAAUGAAUAAUGUUGAGAAAUAGCAAAUUUAAAAAUACACCUUGUAAACUUUUUAAACACUUGCAUGUAGUAAACGAGAGCUCUAUUUAUAUUGUACGUAUAUACAUACAUAUAUAUAUACAUAAAGAUAGUAUAUAUUUUUAAUUCUGAAUUAAAAAUUAGCCAAAAACUACAAAAAAAAAAAAGAUUUAUGCAACUAUAGGUUAGUUAUAAUGCGAAUUAAAAGGCAUUUUUGAAAUACGUUCAUUACGUUAUUUAGCCAAAAGAGAUAUACAUACAUAUAUAAUAAAAAUAAAAAUUAUGAAAAUUUCAAAUAUAUUAAAAUUAGAAAAAGAAACAAGUGCGUUUUUAAAAAACAACUAUUCUCUACUAAAACUUACUAGUUAUUGAUAUAAAAAAAUAUUUAUGCUUUUAAAUUUUUAGAAAAAAAAUGUUAUUCAACUUACGAAAAACUUACAUACAUACUAUGAAAAUCUAUAAAUAUUUUAAUGGUUGAUUGAGAAUUUGCAAUGAUUUCUAAAAUCAAAUUGAAAAACCAAAAUUAAACUACAACUUAACAUUUAAAAUAUACACAUUUUUGACUUAACUUAAACUAAACUUAAACUCCACACAACGUUGCUUUGUCGACAGCGUUUGUAAAAUAAAUACAAAAUAAAAAAAAUGAGAAAGUGCUUACCAAAACUUGCAACGCAAAGAGCUUGUACUGAGCUAGUAAAAGAGGUGCGCGUAGCGAGUGCACACGAAUGUUAGGUUCUCCAUUAUUUAUCAUCGUAAGCAGCGUAUGGAAUUGAGUUGUAAUACGUUGAAUUGAAUAAAAGCAAAAGUAUUCUUAAACAAAUGUAAAUUAAAAUUGUUUUUAAACUAUGAUAAAACAUUUAUUUUUAAAUGUGAUUAUAUAUACCUACAUAUAAAUAUAUCGAUAUAUGGUAUAUGUAUAUUAAUAUAUUAUAUAUUCUGCUCCCCUAUUUAUAAACUAUUAUAUUCCUAUUACCUAACAUUAAAGCAUAAUCAAUUAAAUAAAUAAAAAUUUAUUACAUUAAAUAACAAAGAAACAAACAACAAGAAAAUCAAUAAAUAAACUGUAACUUUUUAUUAUUGCUAGCGUCUAAGUCGUUUUGAAACUCUACUCUCACUCUACUAUUCUAAACUGAUCUACAUAUAUUUCAACAACAAAAAAAAGCAUAUAAAAAGAUUUAUGUACUCAAGGCAUACAGGUGUGUGGUGAACGUAGUUUUAUAACAAAUAUUCCAAUUACUGUAGCAAAUAUUGAAAUUUUUUACAGUAUUUAAAUUAGAACCUUUUUGCACCCACUUAUGUAAUGAAUUACAAUAACAAUGCUUUCAAAAAAAAUUAGCGAUUGCGGUUGAGAGAGUCAAUAAAAAUAUGCAGAGCAAAAUUACAGAAUUAAAGGGUCCACAAAGAGAGAUCUCUUCGUUUUUGCUUAAAUCGAAAAUAUAACUGUAAUAGGCGAUACACUUUGUAAAUCCAUAAAUACAAACUGAUCAUCUUAUAAGAGCAUAAUCCGAUAAUGUGAAUUUUUGUACCGCUUGUGUUAAUAUACAUAUAUACAUAUAUGUAAUUCAUAACUGAAUCUAUCGGUCAAUAUGUUAGAAAUCUUACAGAAUUUUCGAAAGAAUAUCUUUUUAAUAUUGUAUCUUCUUGCCUGUGAUUGUAAAUAAUGCAUGCAAUACUUCCUACUUUUAAUUAAAUAUAUAUACCAAAAUCUAGUAUAUCACUUUACUUUGCCAGAGUAUAAAAUAUUCGUUUACACCAGAAAUUAGUUCUUCCUUACUUUUUUAUUUAUUUAAUUUUUUAUAUUUUUAGUUAAUUUUUUUGUAGAAAACUUUAUAAUUUCCAAUUUGUCACAUCUGCAGAUAAUGCAUCCCCAGCCUUCUUCUCGUUAAAAACUCGUUACCUAAAUUUACUGCAUGGAAAGUUGCAUACUUUCAGGCGCCAGCUUUUAUUUAUCCAUCUAAUAUGGAACAGUGGCGUGAAGCAGGAAAACAACAAACAAAUUUAGAUUCAUACCCCUAUUACGGGUUUCAACUCUACUCAGCUGAAUUGAAGUUGAUAUUACGAACUAAACCAUUUUCGGUCGAAGUUUCACUGGCCAACCUAGAGACUGAGGAUUUAACAGAUAAUUAAACAAAUGAAAAUUUUUAAACGAAAAAUUAAAAGAAUUCAAUUUAGUUAUUGCUCAUGAAAAGGUGAAUAUUUAUUAAAAUGGAUAUUGUUUUGAAUUUAUUAUUUAAGAAAAAAUCUUCUUGAUCGCUUAAACCCAUCGGGACUUCCUAACACCAUAUUCAGAUUCAUAAGUUAUUUUCGUUUAAAUGAGAGAUAAUUUUGUUUUUUAUUAAAUGAUAUAAAAUAAUGUUACCUCAAACUCCCCGUUUCCUUUCUGACGGUAACAAAAAAGCAGUUUAAAUAAUUUCAACUUUGGGCUGGAGCAGACUACGAUAUUUAUGAUUGUUAAGUUUUAAGUUUUAAAUAUCAUGAACACCGUAUUAAGGCGCAGUGUAUAAAACACCAAUGACUGAGAAGGAGCAAAAAGCUUUAAAAAUUUAAAUUUCUUUAAAAAGUAUAUACCUAGGAGUAGUAGAUUGUGUCAACUCUUUAUGUUCGAAACACUUCCCACGAUCCUUGAAUCUAUUGCCUCGGCCAGUUUCGGGAUUUUACUUUACAAAUUUUUCUCCUUUGUAUUUUUUCAUAAUAACUGAUUAAAAUAGACUAAAAUUAUAUAUACAAUAGUUUAUUUACCCGGUUUCCAUUUUCUAUUAAUAAUUUUUCUAAAUAAAUUCAUUAAUUGCUUAGUAACAAUUCUUCUUGACGGGUUGAGUUUAUAACCAUAAGACCGAAUUUCAAAACUUCAACCAAAAUGCAGUUGGGUUGAAAACAGUAAUGGGGGCAUUAAAUAUUUUCAGUAUAGUUAUUUUGUAUAUUUAGUUAAAUAAGACAGUUUUUUUUAUAAAUCCAAAGUCACAAAAGCACUUUUAACGAUAGCUAAUGGUACUUGCGACACUAUCGGGACUCAAUAUUUUAUUAUGAGCCUUUCUUGAGUUUAUAAAGCGUUGUAAACUGAACACAUAUAAUGAGACUGCUGCUUGUCAGAGCUUGGCCCACUCUCCAUCGAACAACCAACCCGUAUAACUCAAAUAGACUGGUAUAAACAGACCUAAAUAUAACGGCAAACGAUUUUACGUCUUUAACGAGUUGUCUACAUAAUUGUUAUUGUAGAAGCGGAAAAAAUAUUUUCCAAAUAAUCUUGAAGAAUGCUGUCGUGUUAGUGGUAAGAGUUUGAGCCAAUGCUUUCCGGUUAAAAUACGGGUUCGGAACUGUUACGUAGACCCGACUGUCGUGGGAACGAGGUAACCAUGGUAGGCUUGUUGGUUAUUGUUGGGUAAAUUUGUUUUUUUUUUUUUUCAGUCGUGCUAAAUAUUUAUAGACCUUUUUUUGUAGAUCGUUAAAUUUCAUACUUAUUCUUGUGGGAAUCAUUUUUACUAUACAAUAGUUUGUAAGUUUGUAACACACAGAAGGAAACGUCGAAGGCCCUAUAAAAGAUAUAUAUAAAUCAUCAGCGUGACGAGCUGAGUUGAUUUAGCUAUGUCCGUCUGUCUGUAUAUAUGUGAACUAGUCCCUCAUGCUCUGAAAAAUUGAAACACGUUUACAACAAUAACACGUAACACAAUAUUUUCACGGUAUCUAAGGAAAAGAGAAUUUGUUUUUGGCCCAGCCUAAUGUACAUACAUACAUAUAUAUGUAGGUAUAUCCGUAGUCGGUAGGUUUGGGCUUGGCUGCAAGGUGCAAGUGUCGUGCAAGUAAUUGCUUUAAUUAUCGUUUUUUAAUUCUUUAGUUUUUGAUAAAAUGUUUUUCUUGAAAACUAAAUGUGUGUAUUGCAAUUAAUAAAUUGCAAAUCCAUAAAAGGCAACAGAAAGUCAAGUUCCGACAAUUUAAAUACAUAAAAUGUAAAAUUAAUAAACAAACAACAACAAAUAAGUAUGUAACAUGCAAACUAGUGCAGUAGCGAUAUGAAUCGAGUAGAUGCGUACAAACAUAUAUACAAACAAAUGUAUGUGGUAUUGAAGAGUAAUGCGGCUGAGGCAGAUUGAAGUAGACAUGUAACUUUUGGCAUUGUUUUCGUCCGUCCACGUUGUUAGCUUUCAUAAAAGAGAAAAUAAUGAAUAUAGUAAAUAAAUAAAUUGUAAAAUAACAAACAAAUCCACAUUAGAUGAUUGAAAAUAUUUAUUUGUAAAAAAUAAAAAUAAAACGAGAGACAGCAGGCAAACUGAGAGCUGCACAUGGAAUUCAGAGGUAUAAAAUAUAUCAAAAAUAAAAAUUAUGAAAUAGUAUAAAAUUAACGAAUAUUUACUUCACAAAAAUGUAAAAUGCCGUCACUUAAAUAUUUCCAAACUCAAACUAAAAGAAAUAAUUAACAGAAAUAUAAAAAAAAUUGAAAAUCAUAACUGUAAUUGUAAAAGGAAGCUCCAACUAGUAUCUAGAGCAUAUUAACUGCACUUAUUUACUCAAAUAUAUAUAAAAAUGUAUACAUAUAUACACUUAUAUAAGGGCCAUUAGUUACACUGGCAUACAUACCUACUACAUCAAUACUAAUGCGCACAAACACACAGUUACCUAAUGCGUAUUUGUGGCUUUGAAAAAUUGAAAAAUUCAGAAUACACUCCUGUGUACAUACACACAUACAAACAAACAUAAAAUAAGCAAUCCAAAAAUCGAAUUAAUAUUGUUAUAGAGCUACUAUCCUGUUCCUGUUGACCAUGAAGAUGAGUCUUCCUACGAAAGGACGGUGUUCAGUAAAUGAAAAUAUGAAAAAACAUCCCUACUUCAUGAUUCUAGGAAAAUUUUAUUUACAAAUUUAUAUUCUUUACUAUUGGUCGGAAUUGUGGUGAUUUUGAUGUACACAUACAUACGAGUAUAUGAGCUUGUUAUCGAUAAAUUUUUUUGGGGUAUAAAAGUAAUGGUUUAGAUGGCAAAACAAAGGACUGUAUAGGUUGGCUUCUUUUAAUAGUAGUUCAUUAUAAUUUCGUAAAAUUGGAUGGACUUUUUUAUUUUUUAAAUCCAUUAUUGAUUAACAAACAUAUGUGUUUCUGUUCUUUCUUUCCUUACUGAUAAGAGGCUUUCGGAUAUAUAAGUUGAUUUUUGUCUAAACAUUACAUUUUGUAUCCAAAAGCCACCACUUUUUUUUGCAAAACUGAGUCUUAAUAUAAAACAGAAGUAAUAAAUAAAAUAUUGAAGAAAUUUAAAAUUGAAGUAAAAUAUGAGAAAAAAGUUUUAAAUCUCAUUUCCGCUGUAGCAAAAGUUUGUAUCAUCAUUAUUACUAUGGUUUCAGCAGAAAUUCGAUAUACAAAAGACUUCUUCUGAUACGACAAUUUUUAUAUCAUUCAAUUCAUUUUAUUCAUUCACAGGAAACGACUGGUUACAUACCAGAAACAAAAGAUUUUAAGAAAUUUAUGAGGUACAGCUUGGUUGGUUUAGCCCUUCUUUACUUGUUUUCAUAUAAAUUUGAAUUCACCUGCUGUAUCAUGACUUUGGUAGAACACUGUAACCAUAUUAUUCCUCAAACGAAAAUCAACCUAAAUAUAUAAAUUUAUAAUAUUUGGAAAUUCUUUAUGGAUUAGAGAAUUCAUUACAAAACUACAUUUAUAUUCGGAAUAGUGGAAAUUGAAAUCUGAUGGUUUGAAAUGGUGUUCGACAUCGAUUUUUAAUAACUGCUGCUUAAAAAAAGGCUAUACUGAAAUUCAAUCCGGCUCUUUUUUUAUACUCUUGCAACAUGUUUCUACAGAGUAUAAUAGUUUUGUUCACCUAACGGUUCUUUGUAUCACAUAAAACAUAUCGAGAUAGAUAUGGAGUUAUAUAAACAUAUAUAAAUGCUCAGGGGGACGAGACUCUGAAACCAGGGUGACUGUCUGUCUGUCACCCUGUGCAAGCGAUAACUUAAGUAAAAAUAAGUAAAAAUUAAGAUAUCUUGAUGAAACUUGAAAAAAAUGUUCCUUGGCGAAGAAAUAAAAGCGAGUUUGUAGGUGGCCGUAAUCAGACCACUACCACGCCCACAAAGCGCCAUUAAUCGAAAACGUAAAAAGUGCCAUAACUAAGCCAUGAAUUAAGAACUAAAAUUUGGCAUAACGAAUCACAUUGAGGCAACUGUGGUUUGAAAACCUUUAAAAAGUGGGCAUGGCCUCGCCCCCUAAUAAGUUUAGUGUAUUUAUUUCCCAAGCCAAUAAAGCUAUAUUACCCAGAUUUGCACAGAUAGUUUUUUUCAACCCCGCCUACUAUCCAUAUAACGGAUUUUUUAAAACCUUCUGAAAGUGUGAUAAAUCAAUAACUUAAUGCAUCAGAGAUAUUAAAUAUUACCCCCAAAAUGGCACAAGAGGGCUUUACAAUUGGACGGUGGGCGUGGUACCGUCCACUUUUAAAUGAAAUCACAUAUCUCGGGACCUGCUUGAUGGAUUUCAAACAAAUUCGGUAUAUAGUGUGAAAAUGAAAUUGGGGUACAACCUUCCCAUAUUACACAAUUUUAAAUUUCAUCUGAUUCUUUCACAUUCCAGUGUUCAAAUAAAGCACUAAUUAAUAUAUCAGGAUAAAACUUUGCACCAAUAUUACCAAUUAUUCUUGCGAACUUUUUAUCAAAAAUAUAUGGUAUGUGAGGUACCUUAAUGAAUGUAAGUUAAUAAGAUACAAAUUUGAUUGUAAUCCAUUCACAAUUUCGUCAAAUAAGAAAUAUUGAAUUCUUUCGCAACAUUAUAUAUAAAGCUUUCAUUGUAAUCCAUUCACGAUUUCGUCAAAUAAGGAAUAUUGAAUUCUUUCGCAACAUUAUAUAUAAAGCUUUCAUUACACCUGAAGGUAUUUAACUGGCUUUGAUCCUUGCAACUUGCAAGAGUAUAAAAUGUUCGGCUACGCUCGAACUUAGCUCCUUCUUUGUUGUUCUUAUAGUAAAGUGAAGAAUUCAAUUGAGAGUAUAGUCUUUCCAUAUUCAGUUGGCGGUUUCAUCAAUCCUAUUAUUUAUUCUUCAAAAUUAAUGUGGUGUCCUUCAAAGUUCAGAUAGAUUUAACAUUCUACUGAUAAGCAGUUUGAUAUCGACCUUGAGUUAUACUUGUGACCCAGUUCUAUCUCCUUAUUCAGUGAGAAGGAAAAGAGAGGCUGUCAAAACUAUUGAGAUGGCGACCUACUACGGAGUAAGGAGAUUUUAAGAGAAUGAUUUGACAUUUUAUUUUGAUCAGAAGCAGAAAAACAUCUGAUCGAUGACGAAAUAAUUAAAAUUUUGACAACUUCACUAUGUUUUUAAUCGGGAAUAACUUAUUAAAUAAGUAAGAAAAUUGUAGUGUUUACUUUUAGGAAAAAAAUACAAACAACAGUAUAGGAUUAAGAGUAGCUUCCAAAUUCGACCGGGCUUUGGUUUUUUGAACCCCGUUUUGAUGGUUCUUUAUUUUUAAGCAAAAGGCAGCUUCCAGUCUUUAAUUUUUUGAAAGAUGUCCUCGAAAUUAAGAACAAUUUACUCAUACUUACAAUAUAAAUUAUGCAUACUAGGGGCGCAUCGGUCUUAAACAAUUUUAUGAAUACAAGAUUAAUCAAUAAGCCGCCUUUAUGGGCCACAGCUACAUUUGCUUUGUUUUCCUUCACUUUUUCGGGCAUCUCGGGCAAUGUGAUUCGGCACGAAGGUUUGCAGUUUGCUUACCUAGGAUUAAUGACGUCCAUUUUGUUGUCCAACUAAUUACUCUAAAGAAAUUCAGAUGAUUCCAAAUCUGUAGAUCUAGCUGGCUAGUCACCCCCUUUUGACAGCAUUACUUCUAAGAAUUUAUCCAAUUUAAAGACUUUAUACUUAGAGUAAAUAAAUAAAUUUUACCUACAUCGUAGUAUGUUGUGUGUUAGGGAAACGAAAUUCCCAGAAUGUAUUCAAAAGAAUACCUCUAAAAAAGCGAAUGAAGUCGUUCUUCUUCUUAGUUCUAAUUUCUAAGGAGUAAUAAUACAUUAGCAGGCAGUUUUUAUUGAAACAGUUCCGGCAAUUUAUUUCCAUUAUUUGCGACCAAGCUGAAUUUCUUGUAGUUUUUCUAAACUCAUGAAAUAAAGAGUUCAAAUUAGGGCGCACCAGUGGAAAAAAACCGCAGAAUGUGCAAAAUUAAAACAAAAGUUCCUUUUCUGUGGAAUAUAUUUUGGUUUUAUUCUCGCACAUUUCCGUGCAAUUGUAAUUGAAAUACUUAAAGUACCUUAAGCCAUUCGGCAUUAAAACUUUUCAAUAUAGAACAAUUAAUAAUUCGAAAUUAUAAAAUAUUAUAGUUGACUUAAAACAUUAAUUAAUUAAAUAAAUAAAACUAAGAAAUAUAAGAAAAUACAUAACAAUUAAUUAACAGUAAAGUAAUUUAUUAACUAAAAUACCAAUACGAAUACAUGUAUAAACAUUUGACCUUGAUGUCAAAUACAGCAAAAAAUAAUUUUAUAAAUUGCAAACAGAAUUAUAACAAAAGAACACCAAUUGCGUAAAUUUUCGAUAAUAAGCAUCUUUUAAAAAGAAUUCUUAAAAAACUGCAAAAUUUAACAAUAUUUUAGAUAAGCAAAUACCACUUAGAGAACAAUUCCAAGCGCACUUUUUAUUAAACACACAUAAUCACAUAGAGAUAUAGAGGUACUUACAUACAUGUAUGAACAAGUACUAUAUACUAUAUACAAACAAGCAUAACGAUUACAAUAUUUUUAGCGAAAAAUGUAUCAAAACAAAACUUAUUGCUCGAAAACUACUUAGUUGACUCGAAUUAGGGUUGCAAAUAAUUCAUUGAAUAAAUAAUUGAAACAACAUUUUAGUUAAGGUUUUUUAGUAAUCCCGAAAAUCUUAGCUAAGUAUAAUUUUUAAAUUUUUAAUCAGUAAUACCGGAUUGAAAAAUAAAAAUUUUAAUCCUAAGCUUAUAAUUAGGAGUGAAAAAAUAACCUGUGUUAGAAUUAACAUAUUUUUGUGUUUGCGUUCUUCGUGUUCUACCCUUUUGAACUAGAGCUCGCGCAGAGCCAUAAUUUUCAAUACUCUAGAGCACUGGUCUUAUACACUCAGACGAGUUAUAUUUUACCAAUUUUUAAUUCUAAUUGAAAAAAUUAUUAUUAAAAAUUAAAUUUUAAAUUUUAGAUUCGUUUGUUGGGAUUAACAUAUUAGAUUCGAUUAUUCGAUUUUAAAUAUUUGAAUUUAAAAAUUUUGCAACCCUGGCUCGAAUUAUAUUAUUGUCCGCAAACUUGUACUAUACUCCAAAAUAUAUUCACAUACGAUUUUAAUUACAUGAUCUAUUUAAUUGCAUAGGCAUACUUUAUAUAUGCAUACAUAUAUGUUUUAUUUACAUGUAUAUAAUUCUGUACAUUAUUAUUAGUAUGAAAUAAAUUUUUCAGGGGUAUUCAUACUAAGUAACUCAUUUUAAUAUAAUAAUUUAUUUUUUAUUUCUUUUGAUUAAAUUACUUUUGAACGAUUUGGUAGCAUUGGAAGCCUAAUUAAUGAACCACAAGUCACAUUUUUAAAAACCAAUGUCCAUUGGUUGGAAUGCUCGACGCGGUAACUGGCUGACAAAAUAAGAUUUGAAGUUGAGCUCAAAAUGUUACAUACUUAAUUCAUAAUCACAAUUAACAUAGACAAAAGCUGUCUUCUCUUCACCAAGAGUGGGAAAGUAGCGAAUCGAACAAACUCUACCAGAUGUCCAAACAAACGGGCAGCACUUGUGGUGCAACCCUACGCUAACAUGUCUUUUGAUGCAUGCGUAAUUGUGCUAUGUCUCUUUCUUGGUGGAGAAAUAUUUCUUUCCGCGUCACGUAAUGUUCGAGUAGUCUUUCAGCAAUCAUGAGUCUGAGUCAAAAGCUACCAAAAUGUUUUCUCAUGAUUUUUCUAGAUAUCAAAUAACGAUUUUGAUUAAGAAUCACAGAAACAUUUAUUUCGGAGAACACCUACAGUGGUGAGUUUCCAUUUGCAUACCACUCCUACAAGGUUUAUCGUUUCAGCUGACAUGGUCACGGACUUACCAUAUGUGGGCGAGUCUUUGCAGCUUUACGCUCUUUUAGUACAAUGUCCAUUUCGUGUCAUUCCUCAAUUACCUUUAUUUGUCGAUACUCUAACUUCAACUCCAAGAUAAUAUGUAAAGGUAGUUGAAUGAGAAGAUAAAAAGCGGUUAAGCAUUUAAAAUCAGAAUACCUACUUUCAGAAACAGUAUUGAAUUUGCGUUUAUCUUGCAAUCAAAACUAUAGUUUUAGACACUCUCAAUUCCUUAUAUGCCUCUUUACAUUCUGUUGAAUAAACUUUCGUUAUUGAAUUAAAACCUUUUAAAACAGUUAAUUUUAUUUAAUAACACAUGUAUAAACAAGCGAUGAAAUUUUACUUCAAAUGGUCACCUUUUCCUUUCAUACAAGACUAUCCAACUCUGACCACAAACUUUUGAACCAAGUGAUUCAAAUCUAGACUUCCAGACAGCCAAUCAUCUGCAGCUAUGAAACCUGGAAUGUUGCUUUUAAGCCACUUCAGGGUGGUUUUGCUUUGUGUUCUGGUGCAGAAUGUCAAAAGUAGAAAACUAAAAUAGUUUAUUUGGAUAUAUCUAAAUACAAAUUAGAAAUUACAAAUAACUAUGAAUUAAAAAUUUUUAUAACCGACCAUUUUUCCUUAAGCAAAAUAUUUUUAUUUUAAAUAACUAAAUCAGUCAGAAAUUCAGAAAGUACAUUUCUAUAUUUUUUAAUCGAAAAUAAUAUUUUAUAAAACUUGUGUGACUCUUAACUUUGGUUUGGCUUCAACUAAAAAUAAACAUUUCAAUAAAAGUAUUGGACUUUGUAUAUACCAUAUAUAAUAUAUAAAUUGAAACACUUUCUUUUUUAUUAUGUUUUAGUGCUUCUGAAAAACUUGUUAUUUCAUAUAUAUUUUUUAAAGAAAUCUGAAUUUUUGAAAGAACAGUGUGAAUACUCCUAUCAGUUAACAAAAUGUGUCAUAAAACCUUUGCUUUAACUUAUUUAAAAAGUGCAACAUUGCCAGAAAACAAACAAAUUAAAAAACAGAAGAAACAACAUGCAGCAAGCUAAGCUUUAAAAAACGCACAGAAAUUGCGUUACAUGGUGGAAUUCCAGUUGUAAAAACAUUUUUAAAUUAUAGAAACAAAUCAAACCAGUAUGAGCGACGAAGAAAAAAAGAUGAAAACUAAAAUAUUUAUUGCCAGCGAUUAUGCUGCAGUUGUUAGAUGUGCGAUAACAAGCGUACAUUCAUAAUAAUUUUAACAAAAACUUCGAUUCUCUCAAUAUAACUAAGUUAACAGCCAGAAUGUUUAGAUCUGUAAGCAAAAGCAUUAUCCAACACUGUACCAAAGAUCUCCCUGCGAGAGAGCGCAAACACCCUGUAAAACGGUAAAACUGUAAAAAUAUAUAUUGUAAAUUUAAUUAUAUUAAUAGAAAAAAUAAGCAAAUUUCAUGUAAAUUAAAGAAAAAAGUGUAAAACUUCAACAAAACUGACUACAUAAAACACACUGCAAUUCCUUGAAGAACUUUUGGCUGCUCUCACCGAAUGCUGCCAAAGAUUUCACACUCACUUGUAAGUUGUAAAAAUACAUACAUUUACUUACCUACAUAUAUGGUACUUAAAACAUAGUUCAGUAACUGUAAAAUUAUGAAAGUAAGAUUUUAAACUAAAUAGCAAAACCGAUUAUUUAACAAUACACAAUGAGAAUAAAAGCUAAAAAAUGUUAAACUAACUGUAAAGCGGUGCUCAGCAACCCCACUUACAUACAUCAUACAUAUAUACAAUACUUACAUAUAUAAAUGCCAUAUACAAACUAUUUACUGUUAUAGUCAGUAAGAGGUUUUGAAUUGUAUUGCUAAAUUAUUACACCCAACACUUUUCCUUUAAUUUAACGUUAUGAUUACAUUAAUUCCACCAAACGAGCAAGCAUUGCUUACUUAUAAUUCUAGUAAAACUUUUUUCGAAUUGUUAACAAGUCUUGUAAAUCUAAAAAAACAAAGGCAACAAAAAUUUACAAGUUACAUAAACACUUAUAUAUAUAUACACUUAGAUUAUAUAUUCUAUCUUUACAUAACAUACAUACUGAAUAUACUUAAUAUAAUAUAAUACAUAGAACAUACAUACAAAUGUAAGUGAAGAUAUGCUGAAACGAAAGUGGUGCAAAUGCAAGUGAUAUACAACACUUUGCAGUUUCUGUGUAAGCAAAAUAAAUUAAUUACAUCAAUAAAGUUUUAUUAUUAAUACUUUAGUCAGAAGGAAAAGAA